AUGACCGCCGAAGCCCAGAAACUGCUUCUAAAAGAAUGGGCCAAGGACACCGAUCAUCUCGUUGAUGACAACAAUUCACCCAAAGCCGAGUUCGCGCGCCUGGCAAAGGCAAAGGGAUGGACCGGCGGGGAUACCGAAUGGUCCGAUACGACUGUUCACAAGAACGUGACUGCUCAAGCUGGUGGAAUCGAUCUCACGGACCGCAUGCGAAGUCUCUCUAUUGGUUCCGAUACCUCGUCUUUCUCGGUCAUCUCACAAGUCUCGGAUAGCACCGACUUACAAAACAGUGUACUAUCUCUUGAUACGGUCAAGUCCCUGGAGGAGAUCUCUGGGGGCGUUGAGAUCCCGGACACGGCUUCAGAACACAGCGAUGCUGAGUCAGAGGCUUCAUCGCUAGAGUUGGACGAAAAACCAGCGUGGAGUGAAUACACCAACUUCGUGCACCGCCCAGAUGCGUCCUUUCAGUCAGAGUUCGAACGUCUAGCUCGCACCAAAGGUUGGGUGGGACGUAUCAAACGCCAGCACCUAGUCGAGCUGCUCACUAGCGAGGUUGAGUUCUACUGGGGUGCGGACGACGUUGACAAGCUUGAAUACUACCAGUUCCUAUGUCAGGAGAUGGGCGUCAAGCAGAUCCCUUUGACUAUUACCCAGGCGAAGAACGCGCUUCGGCCUCUCAAAGUCAACCUUUACAGCGUUAUCGACCACAUGCGCAAUCCCGAGAUCAAGGUCAUCACAUACAAGACUAUCCGCGAGCUUCGCCAAAGCGUCCGCAAGAAGGGCACCUUUCCGAGGCAAUGUGCUAAGGCUGGUGAAGGCUGCAUGGCCGCUUUGCUGUCCAAGUUGUAG